UUCUUGCCGCCAGCCCAGGUCAGGGGUCCCCAGCCCUUCCUGGGCCUCCUUCCUCCUGGUCCCCUCCUCCUCUCUCCCUCCCCACCCCUCCUCCGCAGCCCUUAUAGCCACAUCCUGCAAGGAAAAACCCCAGACUCCUGCACCGCCUGCGGAGAUGAGGAUGUUUGUGGAGGCUCAGCGGCCCAGUGGGCCUCGCUCAGCCCUCCUGCUCCUGGGACUAGUGCUGGGCACUGCAGCCCAGCUCACCUGUGUGGGGGAUGCCUACCCCAAAGACGGCAGGUGCUGUCGUGACUGCCCGCCAGGUUAUGGGAUGGAGAGCCGCUGCAGCAGAGGCCAGGACACCAAGUGCCACCCGUGUCUGUCUGGCUUCUACAACGAGGCUACGAACUACGAACCCUGCAAACCCUGCACACAGUGCAAUCAGAGAAGUGGGAGCGAACCCAAGCGGAGGUGCACACCCACGCAGGACACUGUCUGCAGCUGUAAGCCAGGCACCGAGCCCCAGGACGGCUUCAAGCGUGGAGUCGACUGUGCCCCGUGCCCACUGGGACACUUCUCCCCAGGUGACAACCAGGCCUGCAAGCCCUGGACCAACUGCACCUUGAUGGGAAAGCGCACGGUGCGGCCAGCCAGCGCAAGCUCGGAUGCUGUCUGUGAGGACAGGAGCCCCCCAGCCACACUGCCGCGGGAGACCCAGCGCCCCCCAGCCUGGCCCCCCACCACCCAGCCCACCACGGCCUGGGCCAGGGUCCCACAGGAGCCCUUCACACCCCCUACAGAGCCCCCCAGGGGCCCCCAGCUGGCUGUUGUCCUGGGCCUGGGCCUGCUUGCCCCCAUGGCGGCCGCGCUGGCCCUGCUCCUGCACCACCGAGCCUGGCGGCUGCCCCCCACUGGAAAUAGCUUCCGGACCCCUAUCCAAGAGGAGCACGCCGACGCCAACUCCACCCUGGCCAAGAUCUGA